AUGAGUCAUUUGUAUAAUAGUUAAGUGUAUAGAUUGUCAUUAUAUUUUGGUUUUAAAGUUAAAUGGAGUUUCACAUUCAAAUUUUUAGUAGAUCAAUAACCAGUGUUAGUAAUUUCUACUAUUUUUACAAUAUAAGUUUGUUAUCUUACAUUGGCAUUAUGGAUAGUAGAACGUCCAUAUAUGAGAGAAGAGAAUUCAAAUACAAUGUAAUUAUUGAAACACUCAUUUUAUGAGACCAUAUUGGCAUUAAUAAGAUAUUCUUAUGAAGAAUAUGAACCAUAUACUGUUUAUGGUAAAAUUGUAUUAUCAUUCACAUAAUAUUCUGGUUUUGCCACAACAUCAUUGUUAAUUGCUGCAAUAGCAAAACGAUUCUAUAUGGCUUCUAAUCAAUUUAAUGCUUAUGUCUUACUUGCAAGAUUAUAAGAAUCACAUGAUAUGCUUAUUAUAACUUAAGCAAUUGGUGAAUAAUUUUAUUAUUUAACAAAAUAUCCAAUCAAUCCAUUUUCAAAUAGAAGAGCUAAAUUAUGUUUAGAGAAUUUGAAAUAAUUCUUUAAAAAAAGAAGAAAUUAUCAAAAUACAGUUGCUGAAUUGACUGAUCAAUUAUUCAAUAGAAAGAUGAAGGAUUUAAAAUGGAUAAUGUAAGAUUAUCAAGAAAUCUGUUAACUAAUAAGAGAAUAAUAGAAAGAAAUUAUUUAAUGUUAUUCUGAUUAAUAAUAAUUAUUUUUAUUAUGA